AUGGUUGUCUACCGCAUCCGCGUGUCCACAGGCUGCUCGCUCUACGCGGGCUCCAACAACCAGGUGACGCUGUGGCUGGUCGGCCAGCACGGGGAGGCGAAGCUGAGGACGUGCCUGCGGCCCUCGCGGGGCAAGGAAGCAGAAUUCCAGGAGGACGUGAAGGAGUACCUGGGGCGGUUGCUGUUCGUGAAAGUGCUCAAAAAGAGCAUCCUGCGGGAUGACGCGUGGUUCUGCAACUGGAUCUCCGUGCAGGGCCCCGGGGCCAAUGGGGAGGAGCUCAGGUUCCCAUGCUACCGAUGGGUGGAGGGCUCUGGCGUUUUGAGCCUGCCGGAGGGCACUGGCUGCACAGUGGUAGAGGACUCUGAAGGUGUGUUCAGGAAACAUAGGGAGCAGGAGCUGCAGGAGAGAAGGAAGCUCUACGGGUGGGGUAAUUGGAAGGAUGGGCUAAUCCUGAAUAUGAAUGGGGCCACAAAAGAAGACCUUCCAGUAGAUGAAAGAUUUCUGGAGGACAAGAGAAUCGACUUUGAGGCUUCCCUGGCCAAGGGGCUGGCAGACCUAGCUCUCAAAGACUCUUUAAAUGUUCUGACUCGUUGGGAUGACCUGGAUGACUUUAACAGGAUUUUCUGGUGUGGCCAGAGCAAGUUGGCUGUACGGGUUCGUGAUUCCUGGAAGGAUGACGCCUUUUUUGGGUACCAGUUUCUCAAUGGUGCCAACCCCAUGUUGCUGAGACGUUCCAGUCAGCUUCCUGCCCGCCUGGUGUUCCCUCCAGGCAUGGAGGAGCUGCAGGCCCAGCUGGAGAAGGAACUCCAGGCAGGCACGCUGUUUGAAGCUGAUUUUGCCCUGCUGGAUGGGAUCAAGGCCAAUGUCAUCCUGUCUUGUCAGCAGCACCUGGCUGCCCCUCUGGUCAUGCUGAAACUGCAGCCUGAUGGGAAACUCUUGCCCAUGGUCAUCCAGCUCCAACUGCCACGUAUAGGGUCCUACCCUCCACUGCUCUUCCUGCCCACCGACCCCCCGAUGGUCUGGCUCCUGGCCAAAUGCUGGGUCCGUAGCUCUGACUUCCAGCUUCACGAGCUGCAGUCUCAUCUUCUGAGGGGACACCUGAUGGCCGAGGUCUUUGCUGUGGCCACAAUGAGAUGCCUUCCAUCCUUACACCCUGUCUUCAAGCUUAUAAUUCCCCAUCUGCGAUACACCAUGGAAAUUAAUGCGCGGGCCAGGAAUGGGCUCGUCUCUGACAUGGGAGUUUUUGACCAGGUGGUGAGCACUGGUGGGGGAGGCCACGUGGAGCUACUCCAGCGGGCUGCGGCCUUUCUAACCUACAAAUCAUUCUGCCCCCCUGACGACCUGUCUGACCGGGGGCUCCUGGGAGUCAAGUCUUGCUACUAUGCCCAAGAUGCCCUGCGACUCUGGGAAAUCAUCUUGGGCUACGUGAAGGGAAUCCUGACUCUCUACUAUAAGACGGAUGAGGCGGUGAAAAAGGAUCUUGAGCUGCAGAACUGGUGUCGAGAGAUCACUGAAAUUGGGUUGCGAGGGGCCCAGGACCGAGGGUUCCCCGCCUGCCUUCAGUCCCAGCAGGAGCUCUGCCACUUUGUCACCAUGUGCAUCUUUACCUGCACUGGCCAGCACUCCUCCAUCCACCUGGGCCAGCUGGACUGGUUCACCUGGGUCCCUAAUGCACCCUGCACCAUGCGGAUGCCUCCACCAACCACCAAGGAUGUGACGCUGGAGACAGUGAUGGCAACACUGCCCAACUUUCAUCAGGCUUCUCUCCAGAUGUCCAUCACUUGGCAACUGGGCAGGCGCCAGCCCAUCAUGGUGGCUCUGGGCCAGCAUGAGGAGGAGUAUUUUUCGUGUCCUAAGACCAAAGCUGUGCUGCUCAAGUUCAGGGAGGAGCUGGCCACCAUGGAUAAAGAAAUUGAGGCCAGGAAUGCAAAGCUGGACAUACCCUACGAGUAUCUGCGUCCUAGCCUGGUGGAAAACAGUGUGGCCAUAUGAAUGCUCCAGCCUGGACGGUCUCUGCUGGCUCCCAACCAUGUUGUGACCCCCCGCACCCCCAUAGUGCCUUCAGACUCCCCCACCUUCACAAAAGCCCAGUCUUUCCUAUUCUCUGCCCUAAAAAGAGUUAUCUUUCCAUUAUCUAGGCCCACAGUGAACAAAUUUUAUUCUACGCUUCCUUCCCAGGGGCCUUGCUCCUCUUCUUCCUUCCUCUUUUCCUUUCCUAUAUUCCUUCCUUAUCAUUCACCUCUGCCUCUAAUAUAAACUGCCCCAAGAGUACAAUAAGGGGGC